AGCUGCAUAUUUAAUGCUUGCUAAAUCGGUAUUGCUGGUAUAAGGUAGAAAUAGAACGGAGGGAUCAGUCGUGUGGCCUAUCUCCAAAAUGUUUGUGAAAUCGUUGGUGGCUCUUGCCUUUAUAGGUUUAGUUAGCUCCAGUGCUGUACCUCUAACAAAAUGCAAGAUAGACGACACCAAAUGCAUCAAACAGAACACGGAAGUCCUGAUCCCUCUGUUCGCUGCCGGAAUCCCGGAACUUGGCGUCGAGCAGUUGGACCCCGUCUCGUUCAAGAAAAUCGACUCCAGCAGCGAUUUGCUGAAGCUGGUCUUCAGAGAUGCCACCCUUAAAGGGCUGAGCACUUGCAGAUUCAAGAACAUUAAACGCGACGCAACCAAGUUGAGCGCCAAAAUCCACUGCGAUGUCACCCUGGACGGCAAGUACGACAUGAAGGGACAGAUCCUGGGUCUCCCCAUCAACGGAGACGGCAACAUGCACAUCGAGCACGAAAAGGUAGAGAUCACCUUCGAACUGAGCUACAAGGAAGAAACUGGGGCUGACGGUAAGAAGCACUGGACUACUGGCUCGUGGACGCACACCUUCGCGUACAAGGGCAAGACCAAGAUGGAGUUCGACAACCUCUUCGGUGGAAACGAAAUUUUAGGCCGCGCCGCCCGCGAACUCAUGAAGACCAGCGCCAACGACAUAGCAAGCAUCACCGCCGGCCCUGUGAUCAAGACUAUCACUGGCAGAAUCCUGAAGAACGUCAAGACAUUCUUCGAGAAAGUGCCAGUGGAAGAUUUCGUUCUAGAAUUACCCCUAACAAAAUGUAAAGCGGACGACUCAGAAUGCAUCAAAAAGAACACUCAGGUUCUCAUUCCCCUGUUCGCUGCCGGCAUCCCCGAGUUGGGAAUAGAACAGUUGGAUCCCGUGGUAUUCAAGAGGAUCGACUCCAGCACCAACAUCCUGAACCUCAUCUUUAAAGAUCUUACGGUUAAAGGGCUUAAUUCCUGCAGAUUCAAGAGUAUUAAAAACAACAAGGCUAAGCGGGUGCUAUCAGCUAAAAUCCAUUGCGACGUCGUCCUAGACGGCCAGUACACAAUGAAGGGGACAGUCUUCCUACUACCUGUUACAGGCAACGGAAAAGCCCACAUUGAACACAAGAAAAUUGAGAUUAAUUUCGACUUGAAAUACGAAGAGGAGACCGGCCCUAAUGGCAAACAGCACUGGAAGACUAGCCAGUGGACGCACGACUUCAAGUAUUUGGGAGAAAAUGUAUUGGACUUUGACAACUUGUUUGGUGGGAAUGAAGUUUUGGCUAGAGCAACAAAAGAGCUGAUGAAGAGCCACCCCAAAGAGCUCGCAGAGCUGACUGCCGGACCCGUCGUCAAAACCAUCGUUGCAAGGAUCAUAAAGAACGUCAAGAUCUUCUUCGAGAAGGUUCCCGUGGAAGAAUUUGCUCUGGACUAGUCACAA